UGUAUACUGUGAUAGCUGUGUGAAAUUUCAUCGCGCCAUUGACAGUGUUUUGCAAUUCCAUCGACAUACGUUGGUCGUUGCGUUGUGAGAGUCGAGCUCGAAUUUUACGAAAUUGUAAGAGUACUAUCAUCUAACAUCACUUGUGAGUUGUUUAUCACAUCAUCUUUUUGAGAUAACCAUAUAUACACUGUACUUGGAUGUUUUGAAGGAAAUGCGAAAUGGCUUUGAAUAUAACGCGAUGUUGCUCCAGAGCAAUACCCAGUUGGUUGAGGACAUCUCCUGGAUAUCAUAGAUCAGUCCGUCAAACAAGUAUGGCAUCACGACUACAGAGUAUUGGGGUGUUAGGAGUACCUAUCAAUAAAGGCCAGGACAAAGAUGGUGUGGUAUAUGGGCCAACAGUUUUAAGAGAUGCUGGACUGAUAUCAUCCAUUGAAGAGCUUGGUCAUAGAGUAAUUGAUCAUGGCGAUCUUGUCUUCCCCGCUCAGGAUGAGGAGACGGCUACUGUCAAUUAUGUCAAAAAUGCACCAUUCCUUGGUAAAGCACUUAAAAAGAUAUCAAAAGGAGUAGAAGACAUUACGAAACAGGACCAGCUUUGCGUAACUCUCGGUGGAGAUCACGGCAUCACCAUCGGUUCCCUCCACGGACACACCCGAUCAAGACCGGACCUGUGCGUCCUGUGGGUCGACGCCCAUGCCGACAUCAACGUACCUCAGACCUCUCCGUCCGGCCACCUCCACGGCAUGGUGCUCUCAUUUGUUUGUCAUGAACUGCGUCAUUACUUGCCUAAACUUCCAAACUUUGAUUGGUUAGAUUCCUGUAUCUCAUGUAAAGAUAUUGCCUAUAUUGGACUACGGGAUGUGGACGUAGGAGAGAGACAUAUUUUAGAGAAGCAUGGAAUCCAGAUAUUUUCCAUUCAUGAUGUUCAGAAGUAUGGCGUGGCUGAGGUCUUUGCAAGAGCUAUGGAUAUGAUAAAUCCAAGAGGAACACGUCCAGUUCACUUGAGCUUUGACAUUGAUUCUCUGGAUCCAGGUGUAUCAGCUAGUACCGGCACACCAGUUCUUGGGGGACUCACUUACAGAGAAGGCAUUUAUAUUGCAGAGGAAAUAGCCCAGACAGAUAUGCUGAGCUCAAUGGACUUGGUUGAAGUGAAUCCACAGUUAGGAUCCCCAUCCCAACAGGAAUCAACUAUCAACGCUGGUGUGGAUGUCAUCUUAGCCGCUCUGGGCAAGCGUAAAGAGGGCAACGUACCUGUUGGCUAUGAGAUCUCCAUACCGUGGGAUGAUAAUGAGCGAUUUGUGACACAGAAAUCGGAUGAAGCAGAGAGACAGAGAAGAGAGAGGAAUGUGCAAAGAUGAAAGAAAAGGGAAA